CAGUUGGAUACCCUAGGAAAUUGACUACUAGGCUACUGUUAUAAUAUCAUCAUAUUAAGAUCUUGGAUUAACUUGGAGUUGUAAUCUAUAUUACAAAUGGACUAAGGAGAUUAACUUGAAGCAUCAACUGUCUCGUGCACACCCCCUCACACAAAGCGCGCGCACGCUGAAAAGCGAGUCUGCGCUCGCUAACAGGUGUUUGACACACACGGCUGUCCUGUGUGCUGUGACCGACCGUUUCUUGGGAUGCUGCAAAACGCGGGUAGCAUUUUCUACGUUAUUGGUCAGAUAGUGGCAUUACAGACGCGGUUAGAUCGCAGCCAUUUGAAUGUUGCCUACUGUAAACCAGUUUCGGGUUACUUUCUUUCCGAAGAAUAUAGCCGCAACGUUUAAGAGAUGCGUGUACUAUUACCCACGUAAUUUUGUUUUGACUCUGUAUUAGUUUACUCUCUUCGUGGGUUUUCUGUCUUUCCGUCGUACGACAAAUGGCGGUUAAUAGUAAAUGAGGACUUGAAUGUGAGCUUUUAAGUGUAAGUUUUCCCUGACAAAUCUGUUGUGGAGGAAGUGAGGAACUGUGUCCGCUGAAAGUUUUGGGUGUCGCGCCGUCAAACUGGCCAUGGCUGCGGCGAUCGCCAGCUCCCUGAUCCGGCAGAAGAGGCAGGCGAGGGAGCGUGAGAAAUCAAACGCCUGCCGCUGCGUGAGCAGUCCCAAUAAAACCAAAGGAACAUGCGAGAAACCCAGUCGACUCAGUGUUUUCUCCAGAGUCAAGCUUUUCGGCUCCAAGAAGCGCAGGAGAAGACGUCCAGAGCCCCAGCUGAAAGGGAUCAUAACAAAGCUGUACAGUCGACAGGGCUUUCAUUUGCAGCUCCAAGCAGAUGGAACCAUUGAUGGCACCAAAGAGGAGGACAGUGGUUUCACCAUGUUCAACCUUAUCCCAGUGGGUCUGCGAGUGGUGGCCAUCCAGGGAGUUCAGACCAAACUCUAUCUGGCCAUGAACAGUGAGGGCUACCUGUAUACAUCAGAACACUUCACACCAGAGUGUAAGUUUAAAGAGUCGGUGUUUGAGAACUACUAUGUGACGUACUCCUCCAUGAUCUAUCGGCAGCAGCAGUCAGGCAGGGGCUGGUACCUGGGCCUAAACAAGGAAGGAGAGAUCAUGAAAGGCAACCAUGUGAAGAAGAACAAACCUGCUGCACACUUCCUUCCCAAGCCUUUGAAAGUGGCCAUGUACAGGGAGCCCUCUCUGCACGACCUGACCGAAUUCUCGCGCUCUGGCAGCGGCACGCCCACUAAAAGCCGGAGCGCCUCGGCUAUGCUGAACGGAGGCAAAGCUGUGAGUCAGAACGAAUCGACGUAGCCCGGCUAUCCCGGCCCAACCUUACGCCUUCACCAAAACCUCUGAAUGCUUGUGACUUCACACAGACUUCUCUCCAAAAGCUCUCAGCGGUUCAGGACGACGUAAAACAUGAAACAUAGCAUAACGUGACACUUUCCAAACUAGAGUAACGUUUGAUUGGUCUUCUUUACAGUCAGCUCAUUUUGGUUUGUUUCGCUUGUUUGAUUUUUCGAUAGAUCACCACUAUAAUAGCCUUCUGCAACACAAAAAUUGUAGCCUUUGAUGCAAUGGGACAUUUAUUUUCAGGUCCCUCUCAGCUGUCGGCACUAAAUUGUCUUUGGGUUUAACUUUAAAUCAUCGAGGUUCAUCGACUAGCAUUGCGGGUCCUGAUGCAUUUGUUAAGAAUUCAGGGCAGUAAGUGAGGGUUUAGCUGCUCGGGUGCGAUGGUACAGUAAACGUACCCCUGUCCUCCAUGCUUCCUGAGUGUGAAGUGAUAGAGAAGCCCUUCAUCCCCAGCGUGUAUGGGGGGCUGGCGCUAGCUCUCCUGCGUUCUAGUGCACUCGCUAAGAGGGCGUGCUCUCUAGCAUGGGAAUAUAAAGCCUGCAUUUUGCUCACACGAAAAGAGAGACAUCGAAACCUCUCGGAUCUGAGAGGCCGUGGAUCCGUCUUGCUUGCUAAUUGAUUCAAUUAGCUGUGAGCUUUCCUUACUUUUCUUCCUCUUGUUCUUCCCUCAUAUCAGUGUUUUUGAAGUUCAAAGAGUGACUGAAAAUCCAGCACACCAAAGACUGCGAGAGUUCCCCUCGAGAUGUCAGACCAUAUAUACAUACUCACGAUGGGUGGUUUUUGUGUACAUUUUUAAUGGGCGAGAUAUUAAGAGGUUUGGAGUGGGUUAAGUGGUAUGGGUUGUGAGGGGUGGGCAGUAUUUUAGCCAGUUUUUGUGAUUUGAGAAGGCUGUUUAAUGUCUUCCCCUUCUGUAUCUUUUGUGUCCCUUUGUCUCCAAGUUCCUUCAGUCUGUGAGCGUGUUUUUUGCCUUUCCCGUCCAUGUCUGUUAUCUUUUGGUCAAAACUGUUAAUGCAGACAUGACAGUGAGGUCCCACCUGGACUUUUGUUUUUGUGUAUAAGUACUUUGCGGUGGUGACCAUUUUCUAUUUCAACAAGCAAGCAAAAAAGAUACUGUGGAUUUUAGGUUGACUGAAAUUUUGUAAAAGUGAAAAAUAUCUCUUGUACGGGGCAUGUACAAAUCAGGUUGUGUACAAUAAGGACCUUAAUUGUAGGCUGCAGUAUGUAUUCUUUUCCUCUGGCAACAUAACUUCAUACAUGCUAUGGGGGUCCUUCUCUCUUCUUUAGUAUUCUGGGUUAUUUUCAUAUGUUAGAUGAACAUACAGUAUCUGUUGCAUGGAAGACUGCAGACAGGUGCCGAAUAGAGCUGCAUGAUGUAGGUUAUGUGUAUUAACUCUUUGUUGGAUCAUGUGUUCCAAACUACCAGGAUUAAACUGAAAAACAACAUGUAUGUACUGACCGGCACUCUGCCUGGUACCUUCAAGUUGUUUCUUAUUUGUUGUGUACAUACAAUGCACUGAAUAAAAUGUUUAUAUUAAGAUAUACUUUUAAAAUGUGUCUGCUUGC